AUGUCUCGGCGCUCGCUGCGGCGGGCUGGGCGCGCUCGGCGGUGGAUUGGCGCUGCCUGCCCGGCGGCCCGGAAGGCGCUGGGCUCGAACCGGGGCCGCGGCGGCUCCGCGGAGUUGAAGAUGGGCCGCCGCUCCUCGGACACGGAGGAGGAGAGCAGGAGCAGGAGGAAGAAGAAGCACCGCAGACGUUCCUCCUCCAGCAGCUCCUCGGACAGCAGGACCUACAGCCGGAAGAAAUCGGGAAGGAAAUCCAGGUCCAGGUCGCGCUCCCGGGAUCUCCAGUCCUGGUCCCACUACGAGAAAAGGCGCAGGCACAGAUCCAGCAGCAGCUCUUCCUACGGCUCCAGGAGGAAGCGCAGCCGGAGCCGAUCCAGGGGCAGAGGCAAAUCCUACAGGUCCCAAAGGUCCAGGUCAAAAAGUAGAACCAGAAGGUCCAGGUCCCGAGGCCGGCAGCGUUCCUACAGCCGGAGCAGCGAGAGGUCCGGCCACAGGAGGACCCACAGCGGCUCCCGGGAGAGGGAGCGGCGCAAGGGCAGGGACAAGGACAAGGACAAAGCCAAGGACAAGGGCAAAGGGAAAGACAAGGAGAUCCACGGCACCAAGGCCGGUCACGUCUGCUGAUGUCCUGC